AUGAAUGGAAUCAAGGUUCAUCAGUUGAGAACUUCUAAUAAGUAUUCUGAAGAGGACUUCCUUUUUGAUUUACGUGGUAUCCUUAAGGAGGCUGGCUGCAAUGGCCAGAAAAUUUGUUUUAUUUUAGAUGAGUCCAACAUUUUGGAAACAUCAUUUUUGGAGCGAAUGAAUACAUUGUUGGCAAACGGCGAAGUACCUGGUUUAUUUGAAGGUGAUGACUAUGCUGCGUUAAUGACAGCAUGCAAGGAAGGUGCGAUGAGGCAGGGGCUUAGUCUUGAUUCAUCUGAUGAGUUAUACAGUUGGUUCACCUCUGAAAUUGUUCGUAACCUUCAUGUUGUGUUUACAAUGAAUCCACCAGACUCUGAUUUAUCUUCCCAUAUCACAGCUUCCCCAGCUCUGUUUAACCGAUGUGUGAUCAACUGGAUGGGCGAUUGGUCAGAUCGUACUCUUUAUCAAUUGUCGAGUUCACUAAUUGAGGCUAUCGAUGUUGACAAAUCAGACUUCAUUGUUCCUAAAACCGUCAAGUCUUGUUCUCUACUCCUGGGUAUACCCAAUAAUUUUAGGGAGACCAUUUUACAUGCUGUCGUUUACAUCCAUAAUUGUGUGCGGAAUAUUGAGAAAGAUAUUCAUGGAAGUGUACUUGCUAACGAUGUCGAACUAACGUCUGGUGGUAAGAUAAUGACAACCCCAGGAGAUUUUCUUGAUUUCGUACAUCACUUUGUUAAAAUCUUCAAAGAGAAGAAAGACCUGCUAGAAGAUCAACAGAGACAUUUUAAUGUUGGCUUAGAUAAAAUCAAAGGCACGGUUUUCAAGGUACGAGAGCUACGAGAUGGUCUAGCAAUUAAGAAAGCACAGCUGGAGCAGAAAAGUCAAGAAGCGAGAGAUAUGCUCAGGCAGAUGGUAUCGGAUCAGAAUGAGGCAGAGCGUAAGCGAGAGGCUUCUAUAGAGAUUCAACUAGCAUUAGAUAUUCAAGAACAAGAGAUUUCCAAGAGACAGGAAGUCGUCUUGCAAGACCUGGCUCUAGCUGAACCGGCGGUUCUUGAAGCACAGAAGAGUGUCAGUAAUAUUAAGAAACAGCAUCUCACCGAGUUGCGAUCUAUGGGAAAUCCUCCUGAAGCGGUUAAGCUAACUUUGGAAUCUGUCUGUGUGUUGCUUGGGCAAAGAACAGAAUCAUGGAGGGAUGUUCAACAAUACAUACGAAGAGACGACUUUAUUGCUAGCAUUGUUACUUUUGACAAUGAGACUCAAAUGACAUCUCAGUUGCGGUCAUACAUGGAAAACAACUAUCUUUCCCGUCCCAAUUACAAUUUCGAAUCUGUGAACAGAGCAUCCAAAGCAUGCGGUCCAUUGUUACAAUGGGUUGAGGCGCAGGUUACAUAUUCAUCAAUCUUGGAGAAAGUUAGUCCUUUACGAGAUGAGGUAACUCAGCUGGAGAGCGAAGCUUUACAAACUAAGGCUCAAGCUCAAGCCAUUAGUGAUAUGAUUGAGGAGUUAGAAGCAAGUAUUGAGUCCUAUAAGGAUGAUUACGCCAAUCUUAUCACCGAAACUCAAACCAUCAAAAACGAAAUGGCUGUAGUUGAACAUAAAGUCGAUCGUAGUGUGCAGCUUGUCGAUAGCUUAUCUGCUGAAAGAAAGAGAUGGGCCGAGAGUAUCAAGGAGUUUAAGGAUAAAAACGAGUGCCUUCCUGGUAACAGUUUGCUUAGUGCUGCUUCUAUUGCAUAUACAGGAUAUUUUGAUCAGCAAGUUCGGAACCAUCUAAAGAAUUUAUGGCAUAUCUAUUUAGAAGAUAAUGGGAUCCGAUUUGAGAAGUCGGCAAAUUUGGCGGAAAACUUAACAUCUGGAAAACAGAGGUUGAAGUGGCAUAAUAACAGUUUGCCAGUUGAUGAAUUGUACAUUGAGAAUGCUAUAAUGAUCGAUCGACAUAGCAGAUACCCAUUUAUUAUUGAUCCAACGGGACGGAUCGUUGAAUUCUUGCAAAAGGAACAUCAAUCCAGGAAACUUAUUGUGACUAGCUUUUUGAAUGAAGCAUUUGUAAAACACUUGGAGAGUGCUCUUAGAUUUGGUACUCCAAUCUUGAUCCAAGAUGCUGAGUAUACGGAUCCAAUUAUUGCACAGGUAUUGAACAAAGAAUAUAAAAAGACUGGAGGACGGACGUUGAUUGACCUUAAUAAACAGGAAAUUGACUUUUCCAACAAUUUCAAGCUAUACUUGUUAACCAGGGACCCGUCCUAUAUUGUACCACCUCAUGUCUCCAGUAGGACUACUGUCAUCAAUUUUACAAUCACCAGAAGUAGUUUGGAAAACCAAACUAUCAAUAUGGUUCUACGUACAGAGCGGCCCGAUAUCGAGAAAAAACGCAAUGAAUUAGUAAGACUUCAGGGAGAAUACAAGGUUCAUUUGAGGCAGCUUGAGUUGGAUUUAUUGCAAGCUUUAAACAAUAUCGAGGGCGAUAUCUUAGAUGAUGAUUCUAUAGUUGGUACGCUCGAGAGAGUCAAAGUUGAGUCCUCCGAUGUCUCUAGAAGAAUUGAGGAGACCCAGUUUGUAAUGUAUGAAGUCGAGAGUACCAUGUCAGAAUUUCAACCACUAGCUGCACAUAGUGGUCGAAUAUUUGCAGUCCUAGAGAAGCUGAGUUUGUUGAAUAAUUACUAUCAAUUUUCUUUGAAUUCGUUUAUAGACACCAUUCAGGCUGUUCUUACCGCACCUACCACAGUCGAGAAACGAGUUACUCAGCUGGUAAAGGGCCUGUAUAAGGAGGUGUAUGGUCGCAUUUCACAUACGCUACUUAAAGCGGAUAAACCACUUUUUGUCUUAUUACUUAUUCAACUUUACGGCAAAGGGUUCGAUUUGGACACAUUUAAAAGCUUUAGAGAUCUACUUGCUAUUAAUAGCAGCACGCCUGGUUGGCUGAUCAGAGUCGGUGAACUGACUGAUGCGGUAAAGGAAACUGUUAUGACAUAUGAUGAAAAGGACAUCAAAGAAGUGGUGCGAGCGGGUCAUGAUGUUCCAGAUAUAUGGGGGGAAAGCAAUACAGGUGAGCACGCUUUUAACUAA